AUGGCCGACGAAACCUUCUACCGUGACCAGAUCCUCUGUACGUACACCUGUCCUGUCUACCACCACCAUGUGCUGAUCUCCAUACAGNCCAACGCCGCUGUGCUCUUCCCCGACACCUUCCGCAUUGUCCUGCGCGCCAAGAAGAACGAGGGCAGACAGACUUACGAAGCCGUUCUCGUCGACGGUUCAUCCCACAAAAUCCUGCUUGCCGGCGGCCCCGGUCUUCACUCUAUCCAGGAAGCCCUGUUCAACCUGCUCAUCGCAACUAGCAACCAGAUGACAGACUACCUGCAGAGCUUGGCUGAUAAGGAGGCUCAUGGANAAGAGCACCACGAAACUACCGCCAGUAACCAUGGCGUUACCGGUACUCCUGGUCACCCUACACGAUAG